AUGAAGUAUGUAGUAGCAGUUGAUGGAUCAGAUUCAUCAUUCAAUGCAUUGGAACAAUCAUUGAAAAUAUUAAAACCAAAUAGAGAUACAAUCGAUUUGGUGACAGUCAUUGACUUGGAAACAGCAACACCAGAAGAUUUGGUGCCACCAGAAUUGGAAUUUAUAAAUCAACAAAGAGUAUCACAACAAAUAUUAGAUAGAUAUAGUGAAAUGUGUAAAACUAAAGGUUUUACAAGUGUCAAACAAGAUAUAUUAUGUGGUGAUAUUAGAGAAGAAAUUAUUAAAUACAUAGAAGAUAAUGGACCUUUUGAAAUGGUUAUUGUUGGAUCAAGAGGUCUUAGUAUUGUUAAACGAAUUAUAUUAGGAUCUGUAAGUGAAUAUUUAGUUCAUCAUGCACCAAUUCCAGUUUAUGUCGUUAAACAUGAAAACCAUUUAAAUCAUGCAACCACACCAUCCAUUUAA